CUCUAAGCCCAACUUUGUUCUGUUCUGUCUGCGGUUGAGGAGGAUGCUGGUCCGUUCAGAGGGAUGCUGCUGACCAGACGGACCUGAGGGCCAGAAAACAAGGAAAAAAACAUUUGCAGUUUCAUUUUUCCCCCCCCCAAUGCUUUGGUGAGACAGAAAAGAGCGGGAAAGAAGUCAAAAUGGCAGACAAGGAUAGCGUGGAGAAGUACCUGGACAACAACCCGCAGGUCGCCAAAGACUAUUUCGAUAAGAAGAUUCGCGCCGAAGCUCUGACCGCCGCUUUCUCUCAGACUGUGGAUGUCAAAGACACUGCUUCCUUCAAGGAUGUUAACGCCAUACAAGAGUCUGCCAUCAUCUUUGAGCUGGUUAAAGAGCUGCAAAAGGUGGAAAACAUGGAGAAGAGCCUCCACAAAGUGUUACAGAGAGUCGCCUUGAUCCUGCAAGCCGACCGCGUCGGCUUCUUCCAGUGUCGCUCCAGAAACGGAAUACCCGAGCUCUCCAGCAGUCUCUUUGACGUCACCCCAACCUCCAAAUUCGAGAGUAACUUGGUCAACCCGCAGGCGGAAAUUGUUUUCCCCUUAGACAUGGGAAUAGUCGGGCACACGGCAAACUCCAAAAAGCCACAAAAUGUCCCUGAUGUGACAAAGAAUCCAAAGUUCAGUGACUUUGUGGACAAACAGACUGGAUACAAGACCAAGUGUAUGCUCACCUUCCCCCUCAUGGCUGAAAAAGAAUGUCUGGGAGUUGUCAUGAUGCUUAACAAAAUAGGAGCUGAUGCCUUCACCGCAGAGGACGAGAAGCUCUUCCACAAGUACAUGACGUUCGCCCAAGUCAUCACCCUGCAGCAUUACACGACUUACAUGUUCAACGUGGAGUCCCGGAGGAGUCAGGUGCUGCUCUGGUCGGCCAGCAAAGUGUUUGAAGAGUUGACCGACAUCGAGCGACAGUUCCACAAAGCUCUCUACACCGUGAGGACCUAUCUACAAUGCGAGCGCUACUCUGUGGGUCUGCUGGACAUGACCAAAGAGAAGGAGUUCUAUGAUGAGUGGCCUGUAAAACUGGGAGACGUGGAGCCCUACAAGGGACCAAAAACGCCAGACGGCAGGGAAAUCAUCUUUUACAAGAUCAUUGACUACCUCUUAGAAGCCAAAGAAGAAAUCAAAGUCAUACCUGGUCCCCCUGCAGAUCACUGGGCUCUGAUCAGCGGACUACCAACCUAUGUCGCCGAGAACGGCUUUAUCUGCAACAUGAUGAACGUGGCGGCAGACGACUAUUUCACUUUCCAGAAAGAGGCGGUGGACGAGACGGGCUUUGUCAUCAAAAAUGUUCUGUCCCUGCCGAUCGUCAACAAGAAGGAAGAAAUCGUGGGCAUCGCCACUUUCUUCAACAGGAAAGAUGGCAAACCUUUUGAUGAGCACGAUGAGCAGAUCACUGAGGCCCUGACGCAGUUCCUCGGAUGGUCUGUACUAAACUGCGACACCUACGAUAGGCUCAAUCGAAUGGAGUACAGGAAAGACAUCGCCCAGGAGAUGCUCAUGUACCAAAGCAAGUGCACUCCAGCUGAGCUUCAGUCCAUUCUGAACACCAAGGAGAAGUUUGACGCAGAGCCCGAAGACUGUGACCAAAAGGAGAUGUACAAACUCCUGAAAUCAAACAUCCCACCGGCAGACAACGUCGACGGGGAGAGUCUUUACUCGUUUGCCUUCAGCGAUUUCCCAGUAUCGGAGUUCGGCCUCAUCAAGGCGGGCAUCCGCAUGUUCUUUGAGCUCGGAGUUGUCGAGAAGUUUAAAGUUCCUGCAGAGACGCUGGUGAGGUGGAUGUACACGGUGAGGAAGGGUUACCGUGCCAUCACCUACCACAACUGGAGGCAUGGCUUCAAUGUGGGCCAUACCAUGUUCUGCCUCCUGCAGACCGGAAAACUGAGGAAGUACUACUCCGAUUUAGAUGCUUUUGCCAUGGUGGCCGCCGCUUUCUGCCACGAUAUCGACCACAGAGGAACCAACAACCUCUACCAGACAAAGAGUGCAUCCCCUCUGGCCAAACUUCACGGCUCCUCCAUCAUGGAGAGGCAUCACUUGGAGUACAGCAAAACGCUGAUGGGAGAAGAGUGCUUGAACAUCUUCUGUAACCUCCAAAAGCGUCAGUUUGAGAACGUGCAGCACUUGUUUGACGUCUGCAUCAUUGCCACAGACCUGGCGCUUUACUUCAAAAAGAGAACCAUGUUCCAAAACAUCGUGAACGCCACAGAGCCGAUGACGGACGAAAAGGAGGCCACUGCUUACAUUUCCAACAACUCCAUCAGGAAGGAAAUCGUCAUGGCCAUGAUGAUGACAGGAUGUGACUUGUCAGCCAUCACCAAGCCUUGGGAGGUGCAGAGCAAGGUGGCUCUCAUGGUUGCUGCUGAAUUCUGGGAACAGGGAGAUUUGGAGAGAUCUGUUUUGGACCAGCAGCCCAUUCCCAUGAUGGACAGAAACUGUGCUGAACAGCUUCCCAAGAUGCAGUGCGGCUUCAUCGACUUUGUGUGCUCCUUUGUGUACAAGGAGUUCUCCAGGUUCCACAAAGAGAUCCAGCCCAUGUUUGAUGGUUUGAACAACAACAGGGCACACUGGAAUGAGCUGGCUGAGGUAUACAACGCAAAGAUGAAGGCUAUCGAAGAUGAGAAAAAGAGACUGGAAGAGGAGGAAGCCAAGAAAGCUGGUGGAGGCGAAGUUGGGAAAUCAAAGACCUGCACGAUCUCUUAAGACCUUCUGUAUCCGGACCGAUGCCAUCAUCUAGACAAAAAAACUAGUCUUUUCCUGUCUGUCACCCCCAUUUUUUUGGACAUUUCAUCACCAUAGGUCUCUCCCCCUCCUCUUUUUGUGUGCACGUCCGCUCUGCAGUGCAGUCUGGACCGCAUCCUCAGGGAGGGCGGAGAGCGGUCGAACUGAAACUGGCGGGACUCGGAGUGUAGAGGACAAUGACUCCAAAGAUGGAUGACUUGUUUGAAGUUUUUGUGAUCGACUGCUUUGUUCAGAAUUAAAGCCAUUAGAAACAAACGUUUAGUCCACUCAAAAGAAAUCCGACAAAAGACGCGUGCGCCAGUGCAGACAGCAUUUCUAGUAGUUAUUACUCUGUGCGUGGCAUUAAAAAAGAUACAGUUCAUUUGAACAAAGGAACAGCAACAACAUUAUUACUUCUGUUCUAAUUAUGGUUCAAUUACUGAAGUCUUAGGCUUUUUAUGAGUGAUUGGAAUAUUAAUCUGGAAACGUCUGUUAUCUUUAAUGUGCAAUUCAUCCAUUUAUUUAUUUAUUUUUCUGAGUUUUGUAUUCAUGCGUGAGGAGGUGGGGACGAGCUUGCCCAGAGGUCAGGUGUGGAGGCCGCGUUUUUGAACCGCGUUCGUACACUUCGAUCAAGCCCAAAAUCACUCUCGCCUCCUUUCCCUCUCCCCACUUGUAUAUAUAGCUCACCACAUGGAGGUUUAACAAAUGUCAACUUUUACCUGCUUUGGAGGCUUUUAAAAACUUUUGCUCCUCGUUGGUCGGGCAGCAGAUCUGCUUCCUCUGUAAGAAGCUUUGAUGGGAUUUGAUUGCCAGCCAGUGUUUUAGAUCCACACAGCUUUAGACUUUAAAUACCCUUCUUACAGAGAAGGCAACCGAGGCUGUAAGGCCUCAUCAUGUGCAGACAGUUUGUGCGAAUCAAUCCAGCGACAGCAGCAUCUUACAACAAAGGCUUCAGGGCAAAGUUCUUUGCCUUUUUGCACUGAUCAACUCACUGUAAAUCAAUGUUUCUUGUAAAAUUCAAAGCUAAGGCGGUCUGAGCUUGCUGUGUCGUGGCUCUUCCUCUUACGCAACGUCGUCUCCUCUAAUCAAUGAGGCAUCAAUCAGAGGCGUUAAAUCCUAUCAGUAGGGUUUUUGCUGCUGUGAACUCUGUCAAAAGAAAAACAAAAGUCCCUACUGAAAUAGCUAUUUUUUGGGGUGAACUUUAUUGAAGUUGAAGAAAUUUUCUGUCUCCACAGUUUUACUUUUGAUGCUUUAAGUAUACUUUGAGACAUUAGAAAUCUGUUUGUUGUAUGCUAUGAACUCAACUGCAUGUAUAAGUCAUGUAAUAUGUGUAAGCAAAUAUAGGAAAUCAUGAAGGACUAAA